ACAUCUCUUCUCAGUAUAGACGAAGGUCAGUCCGGAGUUAUCAGAGGGAAGUACCAAAGCGUCGGAUAAAAGAAGACGCAGAGCCACCAGCGGACAAGUCUGCAAGUGAUUAGCAGCCGCCGCACAUCUCCAGACUCAAAUGAUGGAGCUGCAUAUUAUCUACACUUUGCUGCUAUUGGUAGCAGCUGCAGGAGCAGCACCUUACAGAACAGUGCCAGAUAGGACUACAUGCAUCAAAACUUACCAGAAGAUGGCAGCACUGCAAGCAUCCCAUAAUGGCAACCAAGAAGAUGACUUAUUCUGGCAGCAGAAUACCCAGCAAUACAACUUUGAUCAAACACAACAGGAAAUUAGUAAAAAUUUACUCAUAUGUGAACAAUACUACGGAAAACUCUCCAAACAGUUUCACGAAGAGUACCAGAAUCAUCGCCGUGGUGAUAUUAUUCAGGAAACACAUGAACUCCACAGUUUAAACAAUGAAGCUCAACAAACACAUGAACAAAGAUUCACCAGUGAUGAUCAGGAUGAGCAACACUAUCAACAAACUAGCCAGCAGGGUUAUCCCGCUCAACUAGAACAACAAAGGUUUACAGAUGAUGAUCAGCAACUGCAACAGGUACCACAAAUAAGUGAGUUACAACAGAUACAGCAGACAAAUCAACAAGAGUAUCUGCCUAAUAUGGAACAAGAGGUGCAAAGCCAAAGAUUUACUGACAGUGAUCAAUAUCCACAAUUAGUGCAACAGACAGAGGAUUUGGAUCAACAACAGCAGUUCCAACAAACUAGCCAGCAGGAUUAUCUUCCUGGACUGCAACAACAAUCAGGACGACAGAGAUUUCCUGAUGACAGUCAGCAAGUGCAACAGGGGCUACAAACAGGUAACUUGCAAGAGCUAGAACAAAUUCAACAAACAAGUCAACAAGAGUACCUACCACAGACAGAACAACAGUCACAACAUCAAAGAUUCACUAACGAUGAUCAGCAUUUGCAACUAGUGCAACAGUCAGAUGACUUGGAUCAGCUACAACAGUUUCAUCAAACUAGCCAGCAGGAUUAUCUUCCUCGACUGCAACAACAAUCAGGACGACAGAGAUUUCCUGAUGACUCUCAGCAAGUGCAACAGGGGCUGCAAACAGGUAACUUGCAAGAGCUAGAACAAAUUCAACAAACAAGUCAACAAGAGUACCUACCACAGACAGAACAACAGUCACAACAACAAACACUCACUAACGAUGAUCAGCAUUUGCAACUAGUGCAACAGUCAGAUGACUUGGAUCAGCUACAACAGUUUCAUCAAACUAGCCAGCAGGAUUACCUUCCUCGACUGGAACAACAAUCAGGACGACAGAGAUUUCCUGAUGACAGUCAGAAAGUGCAACAGGGGCUACAAACAGGUAAUUUGCAAGAGCUAGAACAAAUUCAACAAACAAGUCAACAAGAGUACCUACCACAGACAGAACAACAGUCACAACAACAAAGAUUCACUAACGAUGAUCAGCAUUUGCAACUAGUGCAACAGUCAGAUGACUUGGAUCAGCUACAACAAUUUCAACAAACUAGCCAGCAGGAUUAUCUUCCUCGACUGGAACAACAAUCAGGUCGACAGAGAUUUCCUGAUGACAGUCAGCAAGUGCAACAGGGGCUACAAACAGGUAACUUGCAAGAGCUAGAACAAAUCCAACAAACAAGUCAACAAGAGUACCUACCACAGACAGAACAACAGUCACAACAACAAAGAUUCACUAACGAUGAUCAGCAUUUGCAACUGGUGCAACAGCCAGAGGACUUGGAUCAGCUACAACAGUUUCAUCAAACUAGCCAGCAGGAUUAUCUUCCUCGACUGGAACAACAAUCAGGGCGACAGAGAUUUCCUGAUGACACUCAGCAAGUGCAACAGGGGCUACAAACAGGUAACUUUCAAGAGCUAGAACAAAUCCAGCAAACAAAUCAACAAGAGUACCUACCACAGACAGAACAACAGUCACAACAACAAACACUCACUAAUGAUGAUCAGCAUUUGCACCUAGGGCAACAGUCAGAUGAUUUGGAUCAGCUACAACAGUUUCAUCAAACUAGCCAGCAGGAUUACCUUCCUCGACUGGAACAACAAUCAGGACGACAGAGAUUUCCUGAUGACAGUCAGAAAGUGCAACAGGGGCUACAAACAGGUAAUUUGCAAGAGCUAGAACAAAUCCAACAAACAAGUCAACAAGAGUACCUACCACAGACAGAACAACAGUCACAACAACAAAGAUUCACUAACGAUGAUCAGCAUUUGCAACUAGUGCAACAGUCAGAUGACUUGGAUCAGCUACAACAAUUUCAACAAACUAGCCAGCAGGAUUAUCUUCCUCGUCUGGAACAACAAUCAGGUCGACAGAGAUUUCCUGAUGACAGUCAGCAAGUGCAACAGGGGCUACAAACAGGUAACUUGCAAGAGCUAGAACAAAUCCAACAAACAAGUCAACAAGAGUACCUACCACAGACAGAACAACAGUCACAACAACAAAGAUUCACUAACGAUGAUCAGCAUUUGCAACUGGUGCAACAGCCAGAGGACUUGGAUCAGCUACAACAGUUUCAUCAAACUAGCCAGCAGGAUUAUCUUCCUCGACUGGAACAACAAUCCGGACGACAGAGAUUUCCUGAUGACAGUCAGCAAGUGCAACAAGUGCCACAAACAGGUAAUUUGCAGGAGCUAGAACAAAUUCAACAAACAAGUCAACAAGAGUACCUACCACAGACGGAACAACAGUCACAACAACAAAGAUUCACUAACGAUGAUCAGCAUUUGCAACUAGUGCAACAGUCAGAUGACUUGGAUCAGCUGCAACAGUUUCAUCAAACUAGCCAGCAGGAUUAUCUUCCUCGACUGGAACAACAAUCAGGGCGACAGAGAUUUCCUGAUGACACUCAGCAAGUGCAACAGGGGCUACAAACAGGUAACUUUCAAGAGCUAGAACAAAUCCAGCAAACAAAUCAACAAGAGUACCUACCACAGACAGAACAACAGUCACAACAACAAACACUCACUAAUGAUGAUCAGCAUUUGCACCUAGGGCAACAGUCAGAUGAUUUGGAUCAGCUUCAACAGGUUCAUCAAACUAGCCAGCAGGAUUAUCUUCCUCGACUGGAACAAGAGUCAGGGCGACAGAGAUCUCCUGAUGACAGUCAGCAAGUGCAACAGGGGCCACAAACGGGUAACUUGCAAGAGCUAGAACAAAUUCAGCAAACAAGUCAACAAGAGUACCUACCACAGACAGAACAGCAGUCACAACAACAAAGAUUCACUAACGAUGAUCAGCAUUUGCAACUAGUGCAACAGUCAGAUGACUUGGAUCAGCUACAACAGUUUCAUCAAACUAGCCAGCAGGAUUAUCUUCCUCGACUGCAACAACAGUCAGGACGACAGAGAUUUCCUGAUGACAGUCAACAAGUGCAACAUGUGCCACAAACAAUUUCAUCAAACUAACCAGGCGGAUUAUAUUUCUGGAUUGGAACAACAGUCACAACAGCAGAGAUUCAAUGAUGAUGAUCAACAACUAAACAAUCUGCAACAAAUCCAAGAAGAAGAUGGGCUGCAACAUCAAGGAUUCACAAAUAAUCUUCAGCAGGUCCAUCAGCAGCACACUGAAGAUGAUCUGCAUCAGGGGCACAAAAGAAGCCAACAACACUCAAGAAUGCAGCAAGAAUCAGUUCAGAGAAAUAGUUAUGUCCAUGAAUCCAAUCAGGACCAACAAGUAAAUGGAAGGCUGUCAGAGUUCGAAACCACACACCAGUCAGAAGCGAACAGUGAUUCAAGACUUGGAAGUGUUAGAGCCAGUGAGAUCAGUGAAACGGAAUCAGACUCUGUAUCUGAUCCUGUGACUGAAGCGCCUUCCUUCUGGGAAAAACUUAGCAAUAAAGCAGGAUCAAUAUAUACAAGUGUUAAGGAGAAAGGAAAGGAAGCUUUGAAUUCAGUAAAAGACACAGCAAAAUCUGCUUAUGAGAAAGUGAAAGAGACAUUUAACUGAAGAAGAUAUGUCCUGAUACACUGCAUCAUUAUCACCACUACCAUUAUUCUUAUAUAUACAUAAUUCCUCAUUAACUCUCAGUGAAGAAUCCCCAUGGGGCUGUAUUUUGUCAGCAAACAAAUUCGAUUUCGAUUUACAACAUCAUUCUGCAAACUCAUUCCAUUCAUGGACUGUCAUCUUUCUCAUUUUGUACAUAUUUUUCUCAGGAUGCUUCAUGUUCUUGUACAUUUUUUAUUUAUUAAUGAGUGUAACAUACAUAAAUAACAUUUUUUAAUAAAAUGAAAAUAAAUAUAAA